UGGACCCUCCCUCCACGUGCCUGUCCCACCUCGCGCUCAUGGACCCUCCCUCCACGUGCCUCUCCCACAUUGCGCAUGGGACGCCUCCCGCCUGUUACCCCGCCCCGCCCCCCACGCGCUGACGGCUGCCACCCACGGAUUUUCCAUCCGCCCGCCCCCUCCCCAUCCCAAUCCCAAUCCCGUCAAGAGGGCGAGCCCGCCCUUCGAACGGAUCGCCCCGCCCUCCGCGUGUCUAUUCCCCACCCUCCCGGGCCCUGGCCCCGCCCUUCCCGCUGCCCGGAUGUGGCCGCCGCUCCGCCGGCUGUGGAUGGGGGAAAAAAACAUGGCGUCGCCGGUGGAGUAACGGCGGGGCGAGGGGUUUGGAGGGAAGCCGGGCAUCGUCACCGCGGAGAGGCAGACACGUCUUUAUCCUUUUACAGCUGUAAUCGAUGAACGCUCGGACGAGAAUCUAUUAGACAACAUAAAGCACAGAGAAGCUGGCCAGCUUAAGAACAAGGAAAAGUACUGGCAGCCAACACAUCAGCUGGUUUGUAGCUGAUUCAUUUGCAUCCAUGACUCCCAGAUAAGGACUAAUUGUGUGAGUUCUGCUUUGUAAAAGAAACGUAAACAGGAUUGCGUGAAUCUGCUGUCUGGAAAUGACCAUCGCCCUGUAAUGUUGCCAAAGGGCAGCUUUGAUUGUGAGGAAGAUGAAUUGCAGUGUUAGGGGAGCUGCAUAAGUUCUUGAUAUCUGUUUUCCAGCAUUAUUGAGGCCUAAUAGGAUUUUCCAGUAUGUUUGGAAAGAAGAAGAAACGCCUCGAAAUCUCUGCACCUUCUAACUUUGAGCAUCGGGUUCAUACUGGAUUUGACCACCAUGAGCAGAAAUUUACAGGACUUCCUCAGCAAUGGCAGAGUUUGCUUGCAGAUACAGCAAAUAGACCAAAACCUGUGGUUGAUCCAUCCUGUAUAACUCCUAUACAGUUAGCUCCUAUGAAGACUAUAGUCAGAGGAAACAGAGCAUGGAAAGACACCUCUUUAAAUGGCCUAUUGGAGGAGUUCAAUGAUAUUUCUGUGACUCGCUCAAACUCUCUACGUCGGGAGAGUCCUCCUGCUCCACCACAGAAAAGUUCCAACCAUAGCCUGUGCAGUCCAGAAGAAAAUGGCUACGGCCAUUAUUAUCUCAGACAGUCACAUGAUAUUGAAUCUUCAAAAGAUUUUACAACAGGGAAAUGCAAAGAACAGAGCAAUCAUACAGAAGAAUGGGACAGACACCACAGAUAUAUCAAAGCUGCUCAACAAAAUGGCCAGGAUUCUAACAAAGUUCGGUCUGUAGAAACAUAUUACUUAGAAGACAGUGUACACAAGGCAGAUCUUGGUAGAUUGCCACCAGACUAUUAUGCAUAUUUGGUGUCAAAAAUUAGGUCAACAGACCACAUUGUGGCAAACAGGGACUCCCCAAGAGCUCAAAGCUCCCCACCAAUUCACAGGAGACACCUACAAAGUACACCUUCUAGAACUGCACAAAGAGAAAUUCCCAGGGAAAAAUUGGAAUACAAAGAGAAAGAUUGGGAUCCAGAACACCAAAGGGAAGAUUUGGACAAACGACCAAAGUCAUCUUAUGUCAUACAGACAAGUCCUCAACCAACUAUGAGACAGAGAUCAAAAUCAGGAUCUGGACUGCAGGAACCAAGUGUGCCAUAUGCUGCCAGUGCAUUUAAGUCAACACAUCCCACUGGACAUGCAUAUAGUUCAUACACAUAUCCCAGGCUGUCUGAGUCGACGGCUGUAUCAUGCAUUCCGAAGGUGGAUUAUGAAAAACUACAAAGGGGCGUAAGUCCUCCGCUGACUUGGUCAGACACUUAUCCUCGAGGACCAUCAAAGCUACCUCAGUGUCCAACCAACUCCAUCUACGCAACAUCUAGCCAUUAUUUUCCAUCAUCAUACUGCAAAACAUCUCAAUACCACAAUACGCCGCCGCCACCUCAGUCGAACUUUCAGUACGUUAACCAAGGUGCUUACCAGUAUCCAAGCUGGAGUUCGUCAACACAACAGCAACCCACACGUGUAUCCCAUGAGCAGUUCAGAGCUGCUCUGCAGCUUGUAGUUAACGCAGGUGAUCCACGGGAGUACUUGGAAAACUUCAUUAAGAUCGGAGAGGGCUCCACAGGCAUUGUCUGCAUCGUGACAGAGAAGCACACUGGAAAACAAGUGGCUGUGAAGAAAAUGGACCUAAGAAAACAGCAGAGGAGGGAACUGCUUUUCAAUGAGGUUGUCAUUAUGCGCGAUUACCACCAUGAAAAUGUGGUGGACAUGUACAACAGUUACUUGGUUGGAGAUGAAUUGUGGGUUGUUAUGGAGUUUCUGGAAGGUGGCGCCUUAACAGACAUUGUUACACAUACCAGGAUGAAUGAAGAACAAAUAGCAACAGUUUGCUUAUCUGUUUUGAAGGCUCUAGCAUACCUUCAUUCUCAGGGGGUUAUCCACAGGGAUAUAAAGAGUGAUUCUAUACUUCUUACCAGUGAUGGAAGGAUUAAACUGUCAGAUUUUGGAUUUUGUGCACAAGUGUCAAAAGAAGUUCCCAGGAGGAAGUCACUGGUUGGAACACCAUACUGGAUGGCACCAGAAGUCAUCUCUAGAUUACCUUAUGGAACCGAAGUGGAUAUAUGGUCUCUUGGUGUCAUGGUAAUAGAAAUGGUAGAUGGAGAACCACCAUACUUUAAUGAACCGCCUCUUCAAGCCAUGAGGAGAAUACGAGACAAUCUUCCUCCAAGAUUAAAGGAUGUACACAAGGCAUCAUCUGUGCUACGAGGCUUCCUGGACUUGAUGUUAGUGAGAGAUCCUUUACAAAGAGCAUCUGCGCAAGAAUUAUUAAAGCAUCCAUUCCUCAAGCUAUCCGGACCCCCAUCCUGUAUUGUACCUCUUAUGAGACAAUACAGGUAUCGAUGAAGGGAGAGGAAUUCAGCUGCACCUCCUCACACGGCAAUGAAAUGAGAAUUAAAGAUUAGUUAAUAGCACCAGAAAAUGUGAAUGAAGAAGAUUGAAGGAUAUUACAAUGAUAACAGAUUAUGAUCGUUCUUGAAACUGUUGGUCAGAGAUAUACAAAGCAAAAUAAAGGAAUCAAUGACGUGUAGUCCUCCCGUUCCCUGAGCUGCUGGUUUACCAAUUCAGGUGCACAGUGCCGCAGUAUAAUCAAUCAGGCAGUCAGGAGUUGUGUUCUCGUGAUGUGACUUGGCUGGUGACUUCAAGCAGUACCUUCUGGAACUUAGUUUCCUCAGGAGUCAGUUUGUAUGUCUUUCAAAAUGUACAGGGAAUGGAAUUCAUAUCAGCUUUAAAGACUCUGACAUUGUAACAGAUUUCAGCACAUUCAGAACUUUCCCGCAGGGUCCUGCUCGGUGAAUUGUGUGGAAUUUGUAUUUCUAUAAAAUAGUGACAUUUUUUUCCUUUGGUGAGCACUUUUUCCACACUUAGAUGUGCAAUGUAUUUUGGAUUGGAUUUGUAUCUUACCUACAUUUUUUUUCUGAUAAACUAACAGUGUUUUGUGGUGAAGUAACUGUUGUGAUAGCAAUCAGUAUUAAGAAUUUUUCAGGGAAAUUAACAAGACCUUUACAUGGGUGGGGGUUAGUCACUUUGUAGGAGCAAAUGGUUUGAGUUGCAGAUAUUAACAAACUUGUUCCAAAUUUAUGUACUGAAACAUUUUGUUUCUGACUUAAGGCACUAUACUGAACACUAAAGAACUUGUUCAUUUUGAUAAAUUAACACCGUUUUUCUUGACCAUGUUACUUUAUCAUUUUUUAAAAAAUAUUUUUGCUGCUGUCUACUUGUCAGUGUUUAUAACAUUAAAUUAAAUGUGAUGUUUGUUAAAUGUGGUUGCAUGUUUUAACAGUCAUGCAAAGUUUGAUGGAUACCUAGUGAGCUGUAUUGCUGCGUUGAGUGAAAUGUGCGUGCCUCUGCAGAGGAAAUAAAUGAUCCUGGUUAUUUAUUAAAUGCCUUUAUUUUGUCUCAACAUUCACAAAACACCAAUAGUAAAAUACUUAAGUUUGCUGUCACAAUAUAUGUUACUCACUAGUCUUUUGAUCAGAUGUUAGCUUACUGCAGUGUGUUGAAAUGUUCUGGUUGUCCUUCCUGUCACUUUUGCCAUUAACUAGAAAAUCAAUGCACUAUCAGGAAAGUAAACAAUAAGGAAUGAAUAUUAUGAAGGUCCAUGAAAUCAAAUUCACAGCAAGUUCUGUUCACACAUCAGCCCCGCAUGUGCUGACAUACACUGGCAUCUGCUUAAGCAAUGCUUUUAGAUAUAACAUUUGCUCCCUCGUUUUCUAAUCCUUCCAUGGCUUCACACUUCUCCAUCUCUGUAAUCUUGACUAGCCUUCCAACUCUCUGAGAUAACUGUGUCUACACUUCUCCAGUUCUUCCAUCUUGAGCAUACUACAGUUUUAUUGCUUCAUCCUUGGAGGACAUGCCUUCAGCUCUCCAGGCCCUAAGCUCUGGAAUUCCCUUCCUCAAUCUCUGCCUGUCGACCACUCUUCCCUCCGCAAAGAUGCUUAUUAAACCUUCCCACUUUGACCAAUUUGCCAUAAUAUCUCCUGAUGUGACUUAUAGCUUUCUCGUAGUCCUGUAAAUUGUCAUUAAGUGUGCUACAUCAAAGGUACGUGGGCCACAGUUUAGGGAUAAAGGGAUAGCAGAUUUAAAACCAAAAUGAGGAGAAAUUACUUCUCUCAAAGGCUCAUGAAUCUGUGGUAUUCAUUCACUCAGUGUGCGGUGGAUACUGGGUCAUUUAGUAAAUUAAAGAAGGCAAUAGAGUUUUAAUUGGUUAUGAGCUAAAAGGUUUAUGGGGAGUCGGCAAGAUAGUAGUGAUGAGGCCAAGAGAUCAAUCACUAUCAUAUCAAAUGGCAGAGCAGGUUGUGAAUUGCCUACUCCUGCUCCCAGUUCUUAUAAAUAAAUGUUGGAAUGAAGCAUACAAUUGCGAGACCAGUUUAAUUGAUGCAAGGUAAUAUCACAAGAAAUACUCAUUGUAACAUGUAUUCAUAGAGUCACAGAGCUUUACAACAUGGAAAUAAGACCUUUCGGUCCAAUUCAUCCAU